AUGGGUGCCGUUUGGCUUCUUCUUCUUCUGCUCCCGCCCCUCCUCAGAGGGCAGGUGACCCCGGGCUUGACCCCGGUGGACCCGGACAACAGCACCGCCCCUUUGACCUCCUCCUCCUCCUCUUCCUCCUCCUCCUCCUCCUCCUCCUCCUCCUCCUCCUCCUCCUCCUCCUCCUCCUCCACCACCUCCCCCUCCGUCAGGCCCUCGCCGGAGGAGGAUGACUGGUCCCCGGCGGAGCGCUUCCUGUACAGCGGAGACCCGGCGGCGCUGGCGGCGGCGCGCUGCUCGCGGGCCUACAGCCCGCCGGGCCUCGGCGGCUCGCCGCCCGCCUCCUUCGGCGCCGCCCUGCGCCCGGCGCUGGACGCGCUGGCCAGCGGCGCCAACUUCCUGAACAUGAUCUUCCAGGCCAGCGACCUGCGCGAGAGCACGGUGCGCGAGGACAUGGAGUGGUACCACGCGCUGGUGCGCGCCCUCCUGGAGGCCGACCCGCUGGUCCGGCGGGCGCUGCUCACGUUCGACGCCGACCCGACGGCGCCGGCGCCGCAGCUGGUGCUCUGCGCCUCCCGCAACUCGACGGCCGAGGUGCAGACCGUCGUCCUCCGGGACCUGACCCGGGCCUGGGGCGGCCUGCACCCGCCGGCGCCCGCGCCCGACGACGGCUGGUUCCGGAGCUUUAAGUUCCCGGAGCGGCCGGCGGCGCUGUCCAAGCGCCUGCUCCUCAACGACCUCAAGACCUUGGACACGCCCAAGUGGAGGCGGGGCGACAGCUACGUGACCAAUCACAGCGGGGCGCGCCGGGGCGACGCCCCCUUCCUGGACUGCGAGGACGGACUCUUCGUGUCCGACUGGAUGCUGACGCUGUCCACGGCGUUCUACGGCCUCAAGCCCGACCUCACGCCAGAGUUCAGAGGUGUGCUCCGUGUGGACGUCAACAUUCAGGACAUGGACGUGGACCAGUGUGCUACAGGAGACGGCUGGUUCGCCGACACGCACCAGUGCAACCGCAGCAGCAUGGAGUGCAUCCCGAGCCCCGGCCAGGGCUUCCAGCUGGGCCAGUACUGCUGCCGCUGCAAAGAGGGCUACUACGACCCAGAGGGGGCGCCACGAGGUCCAGGUGUGGAUGCAGAUGGCGGCCGUGUGAACGCGAGCGGCGGCGGCGCGACGUGUUACCCGAACACGCCCAUCUGUCUGCCCUGCUGGCCGGGCUGCGCCAGCUGCCGGGACGGCGCCCCCUGCUGGGUGCAGGAGGCCCGGCUGCUCCGGGGCGGCGUGCUGGCCGUGCAGGGCGUCUCCAUGCUGCUCGUCUUCGUUAGCAUGCUGGUGGCCUACAGGCAUCGGCGCAACCGGAGGAUCCGGGCCUCCGGCCUCCUGCUGCUGGAGACCAUCUUGUUCGGCUCGCUGCUCCUCUACUUCCCGGUGUUCAUCAUGUACUUCAAGCCGAGCACCUUCAGGUGUAUCCUGAUGCGCUGGGUCCGAAUGCUCGGCUUCUCCAUCGUCUACGGGACGGUCACUCUGAAGAUGUACAGGGUCCUGAAGGUGUUCCUCUCGCGCUCCGCCCAGCGGGCGCCCUACAUGUCCAGCCUGCACCUGCUGAGGAUCCUGGCGGUGAUGCUGAUGACGGUCAGCUGGUUCCUGUGCGCGUGGACGGUCUGCGUCCUGCAGAACCGCGACAGGAACAUCCCGGUGUUCAUCACGAGCGUCACGGCGGACGGCCAGGGGUUCAACCUGUGUUACCUGGACCGCUGGGACUACAUGAUGGCUGUGGCCGAGCUCCUGUUCCUGUGCUGGGGGAGCUCCCUGUGGACCGCCGUGCGCCCGGUUCCCUCGGCCUUCCACGAGCCUCGCUACAUGGGCAUCGCCAUCCACAACGAGCUGCUGCUCUCCUCCAUGUUUCAUCUGUUCAGGUUCAGGUUUCCCUCUCUCCAUCCUGAUUGGAUGCUGCUGCUCUCCUUCACGCACACCCAUGUGACCAUCACCAUGACACUCGCCCUGCUCUUCCUGCCCAAGUUUCUGUAUGUGUCCAAGCCCAGGAGAGAGGAGAUCGCAGCGGAGGUGUAUGAAGAUGAAGUGGACCUGCGGCGCUCCGGCUCGUACCUCAACAGCAGUUUUUACUCCGCUUGGAGUGAACAAGGUGGAGUGGACCCGGAUGACUUUCGGGAUGAACUGAGGAAGUUAUAUUCCCAGUUAGAAGUCAACAAGACCAAGAAGAUGACUGCAUACAACCCCCAUCUGUCAAAGAAGCGAAGUUCUCGAUGUGCGUUGGGGAGAACCAUUAUUAGACGCAUUGCGGAGAUCCCAGAAAGCAUGAGCCGGCAGUACAGCCGCGAGGACAGAGAUGGAUCCUUCCGCAGUAGGAUCAGUAUGAAUCAAUCGGAGUCCUUCUGGAGGAACCCGGAUACCGUCAGUAUCAGUUACAAAAGUUCCAUGAGAUCACCAUCGCCAUCACCAUCCAUGUGCAAGUCCCAAAGUGAUCAUCACUACGUCAGGGAAAGAGACCCUUCCUUGGGCGACUCCAUGUUAAAGGCCAACGCGGUGAAGAGAACUUCCAGGCAAUCUGAGACAGAUUCCUUGGAUAUCCCGCCAGGAGUUUGCAAGUCGGCCAGCGCCCAAAAUCUGUCAAUUAAUACCAAUCUCCUGCAUCCUGAUCACACCAGGCUUCAUAAGUGCUGGAGUCUCACCUCCGCGGCCGCCCAUUCUAUGGAGAACAUUGCGAAGGUUACCAGAGCCUGCACGGUGCUGUCAAGGUCCCGGCAGAGCCUUUCCAUUCGGGACCAGAACAGGAGUGUUCUCCAGUCAGAGUCAUUUGAGAAGAAGGAGGACUGUCCUUGGGAUGUGGAACAAGAACAAUCAGGAGACAGGAACCAGAAGCAUGUCACCUACGAGGACGCGUCAGAGAUAGCGCUGACAUCUCCAGAAGUGCUCGUCUGUCCCUGGGACCAUGUUCAACCCAAAGAAAAGCGUCCUUCAGAGGAUAUGGGAAUAGGGAGAACGGACUUCCUUAAACCACAGGCCAGUGUGUCUGCAAGUGCACCAAGCACUCCGAGAUCAAAGGCCACAAAAGAUCAACGCGUCUUCUCCUUCCGCAACACCAACUGGCUCUCUGUGAAAACCGACGUUGGAUCCUUUGACGCGGGAAGCAGGUCCAGCAAAGACGGGAGAUCGUAUAAAGAGGAUUCCGUGUCCCAGAAGAGUCAGGAGAGCGCUUCCACAACGCCGAGAUUGGGAACAAAGAGUCGACGUCCCAGCGUGGAAAAGAGGUCACUGCAGAAAAGGAGUAUGUGUGUCGUGAAGCAGAACGCCAUCAGACUUUCUUCUGUGGAUUCUUGCGACAGAAGCCCACGUAAGCUGUCGAUUGGAAGAUCGGCCGUCUACCCUUGGGACAUGGAUGACAUGCCAAGAGACGGCACUCACGAAAAUGUGUUUUUAUCGAGGCAGAACAGCAAACGUAGUAGUAUUAGUUCUUGGGAAACUGCUAGCAGUUGUAGAACCCCUUCAACUCACAGAAGAGGAAGUAAUCGAUUUACACCAGUCCGCAAUUUUCCCAACACAGAUGCGUGUCCAUGGGAUGGAGUUUCCCAGGAAGGAGAGGGCUUUAAAAAGCAGCAGAGCGUUAAAGCAGACAUCUGCCCUUGGGACUCGCAGGUAUCUCAACCAUCAAAUAUUUGUCCGUGGGAAUCUCAAGAGCAAGGGAAUACGAGCAGGCGAGGAAGUGUUCGUAGCGAUGCGUGUCCUUGGGAAUCACAGGAUAUUCCAGUUAUUUAUUCCACCAAAAUGUCUAGAGGUUCACAGGGACAACAGUCUAUGAAACGUCCAACAAAUAUAUGUCCCUGGGAGACUGCAGAAGGUCCUCCACCUACAGUGAAGGAAGAUAAUGAAUAUGUUAAUGUUUGUCCCUGGGAUGUUCAGGAAAAGGCUGAAGUUGUAUAUGAAAACCUGAAUCCCUCGGAGACCAAGGGAACGCUGUCGGUGCCUCAUCGGCAAGAAGUUCUGAAAACCCCCAUCUAUCUCGAUGCGUCAAAAGAAACGUUAAGUAAUGAGCAGCAGCAACCUGCAAGAUUCCCUCUCAUGCAUUUGGGUCGACACAUGACCGUGGUAGCAGAAAGUUGUCCAUGGGAUUUCCCUGAUCCCCCUAAAAUCAUGGGGGGGAUUUGUCCAUGGGAUGAGGGGAACACCGAGCCAACAGAUACAGGCUCGAUGACACAAAUGACCAUCCAAGUAGAUAUUUGUCCCUGGGAGACUGGAUAUCAAGACCAACCAGCAGACUCGGGUAUCUCCCCUUUGAGAGCUGCUUCUGUACAGAAUGAUGGGAACGACAGCACAAGAGUAAACAUAUGUCCCUGGGAUACUGAUCCCCCGGAUAAAACUGGAGCGACCAUGAUGGAAAGGCCAGCAGAUGUAUGUCUGUGGGAUAGUGGGGAACCAGAAUAUCCACAGACCCCCAAGAACUCUGAGAGUCAUGGGAAACAACAAAGACAAGACAAUUCCCAGGGAGAUGUUUGUCCACGGGAGACAGGGGAACCAAAGGUGCUCCACAAGCAAGAUAGUACCCGAGGAGAUGUUUGUCCUUGGAACACAGAUGAACCAGAAAUUGUCAAAAAGCAAGACACCAGUGGAGGAAAUGUUUGUCCUUGGGACACAGAGGAACCAAAGGUUCUCCAAAAGCAAGAUAACACUGGAGGAGAUGUUUGUCCGUGGGACACAGAGGAACCAGUAGUUGUCAAAAAGCAAGGCACUGGAGGAGAUGUUUGUCCGUGGGACACAGAGGAACCAAAGGUACUCCAAAAGCAAGACACUGGAGGAGAUGUUUGUCCGUGGGACACAGAGGAACCAGUAGUUGUCAAAAAGCAAGGCACUGGAGGAGAUGUUUGUCCGUGGGACACAGAGGAACCAAAGGUACUCCAAAAGCAAUAUAGUACCCGGGGAGAUGUUUGUCCAUGGGACACAGGGGAACCAGAAGUAGUCAAAAAGCAAGAGUCCAAUGGAAGAGACGUUUGUCCGUGGGCCUCUCAGGAGCCACAAACCUCAAACGAAAGCAAAGUUGAUAUUCCCAACAUAAACCAAGAUUACGUCCCAGAGAUCCAGCGCCCACUCGGCGUUGAAGAAGGUCCAUCAGAUAUGAGCACGGAGCAGAUUGACGGGACAAAAGAAAACUUGGGCCGGCGUGAUGCUUUGUGUCCCUGGCAGAUGGAGAGGAGCCGAUCAAGCUCGUUCGCGGACGCCUCGGACGUCUUCACGUGGGAGCCCGAGAACAUUCCAGAGGAAGACGAGGAGGACGAUGCGGAAUUUGCCGCCGAGGCUUUCGUAUUCCCAUCCGACUUGUGAUCCGAUCUAUAGCCACCAUUUGUUUAAAAAAUGUUAUCCCUUUCGCCUGAUGAUGGUCAAGGGGAACUUGGGUCAGAAAGCAAGUAACUGCGAAGCAAGGACAGAAUUGAGGUCUUUGUGAUUUGAGGUUGGACUUUUGGGCCUUGCCGCCAUCAGAAGAAGACUUUCGUAAAGACUCGCAAGGAACUACAGACGGACAUUUCUUGGCUGAUGGAAGAGGGCAUCUAAGGCUUUUAGAUGAAGUCCCUUCUCUUCCUGCUUCUACCCAACAUCCCGUUUUAAAAUUGAAAUGUUUUUUUGUGUCUCUGUAUGUUUUUAGGUGACAGUACACACACACACACACACACACAUACGCACGCCAUGAAGGUACACAGUAUGUUGGACCAACAAAUCCGAAUUACAGCAUCUCGUGGAUUGAACCCUAUCAUUUCGCCCGGUAAAUUCAGUCUCAUAUUUUUUUAAGUGUUUAGUGUGAAGCACUGGAUGUCAAACUACUAUAUUUCUAUGUUGUAUUAAUAAUUGAUAAAACUAUGCAUACGUGUUUGCUUAAGUGAUGUAAUGACUAAAUGCCAAUGAGUAUUACCAUUCUCUUACUUUUGAUUUAAUCACAAUAACGUAAUAAACAUGCCACCAAAUGACGCCAAAUAAAAUUCAUAAACCACCAUAAACUUCAAGACAUACACCCUUAGAACCCCUUUAUAGUGGAGUGACAACUGCAUAACUGUUUUAUAAUAUAAGCAUUGAGGAAGUAAUGUCAGUACAAAUGCAAUGGGCACCAGUUUGUGGAACAAAUGCUCUUUAAAUAUUUGGUAAUCGCAAAGAACAUCGAAUUGUUCGGGACGUUUGUGCAGCAGCUAAACAAACCGGCUUUUCACUCGGGAAUUAAAUAAAUAUUGCAAAUAAAGUGAGUUAUGCAGCGAACGCCUCAGUUGAUUUGUAUAUUACUAAUUGCUAGUUAAUGUUUUCUCUUUAUGCAGAUAUAGAUAUUACCUUUUUGAGUCACUGCGGAGAAAAAAAAGUCACAGCAAAAUAAUAUUCUCAAAUAUUGUCAUUCCUGUUGAAUACGAGAUUCUCCUGCACGACUUCAGUGAUAUGCAGACAGUCGCCGACAAGAUGUUUUAAAUUAAAUUGAUUCUCGGACCAAUCAAAUAUAUAUUACGACUAUUAAAUAUAUUUAUUAUCAGCUUACUUUAUUGACAUAAGGAGCGGCCCUAUAUUUAAAUGUCUGACAGUGAGCUCCAUUUUUAAGAAACUACAACUUCUUUUAAAGCAGUAUUAUAAUAUAAAAGUACAAUAUUAACAGUAUUCUGUGUGUGGGUGUAAUUAAGUUACAUGUCUAGCAGCAAUGUGUGCGAUCGGGUGAUUUCUUUUUCCAUCCAGUGAUUGUUUAAACACCAAGUUCAUUAUUUGUAUUGUAUCAAUGGAGUGACCUAGUUGUGAGCAUUGUGUCAUGUUAGUGUGUCUUUUGAACGAGUGUGCUGUAAUUUGAUGUCGUUAGAAAAAAAAAAGAAGAAAAAGGAACUUGUUGCAUCACAUCCUUUGAGUUGCAGAGAGAAGUAGACCCACGCUCCGUUUUCUAUUUUAAAUGCUAAAAAAUCUUCUAUAAAAGAAACGUGUUGAAUUGACUCGUAUGAGAAGAUGCAGAUGGGACACUUUAUUUUUGUAUUUCAACAUGCAGAAAUAAACCAUUCAGUUUCUG